AGGGGGGCGCUAGUGGAGAUGAUAAAGCCGCGGAGGAGGGGGAGAAGGGCGAGCGAAGCCGAGGAGAACUGGGAGAGCGAGGAUGGGGCUGAGGGCGUGAGCUGGGGUGGAGGGGCAGCCGGCAGCCGUGCCCGGCGGCGGAACCGUGCACGGGCGGUAGCAGCAGCGAGCGGGAGCCGCCAUGGGCUGCGGGGGCAGCCGGGCCGACGCUAUCGAGCCCCGCUACUACGAGAGCUGGACGCGAGAGACCGAGUCCACCUGGCUGACCAACACGGACUCCGAGAGCCCGCCGCAGGAGGGCGGCAGCGCCGAGGCCGGCGGCCGGGAGCCGGCCGCCCCGCACCCCGGUGUUCUGGAGGAUGGAAAAUCAGCUCAGACAGGUGUAACUGCAGCAUCAGCCACAGCGGGAACGCUGAGCACCGAGAAGAGGAACAACAGUGCUCCUCAGUGUGCAACCCCCAUGGUCCAUGGCACAGGAGCUACAACGCAGAGACAGAACGGCUUCAGGGCAGCAGAGAGUAAACGGGACACACAGAAAAUGUCCGCAAAAGAAGUCACCAUUAAUAUUACAAAAAGCAUCAGACAAAGCGACAGAAGGAAAACAAAGAAUUGUGCCAAUUAACAAAACGAAGCGCAGGUGAAGAUGGACCUAACAAUCCGUCACUGCACUUUAAAUGUCGCCAGUUGCUGAAGACAUGAAGAUCUCUACAUGUUCCAUGCUGAACACAGCAGGCAGCUGCUGCUGAGUGCCUUCAGAAAUAUGUCUUAUAGAAACCAGCUGCAGACACUGCAGGAUGUUCACAUGUCACUUGUCUGAAGCAGUGGCACUGCACAGACAUAAGUCAAAAUUCAUGCCAUUUGGUUUUUACUAAGUCAUGUUAUCUCCUUGUGUAUGUCUUGUUUUGCGUUGCUGUUAGAAUGAAGCUGAAUGAUGGGCGGUACAGUUCUUCCCAGUUUAAACCGGGAAAUGAGCACAUGAACCUGCAUUUUUAGUCGUGAGGGGUUUCAAGUGUGUACAUUCAAACCCACAGAGUUAAUUUAAAGCACUUGCUUUCAUAAAACUCAAGCCCAGAUAUCUCAGAAAGAGACACACAGGUGGCUUCCAUUAAGUCUCUUUUAAACUAUAUAUAUCUGUUAUAUGUAGUUAAGUCAUAUAGUAACCUUUUUAUGUAUUAAUCUUUUAAUUACUUAGUUUUAAUUUAUUUUCUGUAUUGACAGAAUUUAGGUCUUAAAAACAGUAACUUUCAUAUUGAUCAGCCUUACUCGAAGUUCCUAGUCUUAGCUGGCAAGUAAGGUUCUGGCCACUUGGUUGUUCUAUACAUGCUCCUUUAAUUGUGUUGAGGUUCAAACUGAUCACUAGCAUUACAUGAAAAUAACCAUGAUUUUUAAAACAAUGACAACUCCAAGAAUUAGCUUUAUUUGAUCAGAUAUAGUUGAUUUGCCUUGCAAAACUUAUUUAAUUGCAUUGUAAAUAAGUGUCCUGUAUCAUAGCACUCCAUGUUCAUCAUAAAUAUACAGCUAAAAGAAAUAUAAAUGUUCAGUGUAGUAAAGACCAGGAAUUAAUUCAACAUAUUACUUCUUAAUAUAGAAGUAAUGGUAUAUAUUCUCUGUGAGUUUGUUUGUUUAUGAAGAUAAAAGUGGCAAAUUUACUUGCCUCUGCCAUCAGACAUAUAUGAGUAUCUUCAGGGGGCCAUUUAAAAUAACUGUUCAAAGGUCGUUCAUAACAAACUAAUGCUGUUGAAUAGAAAAUCCGUGUAUGAACUGCAAGAAGUCUUUUUUACAUGUAUGCAAAUAGGUAUAAACAGAAUAGUGAGACUGAAUCCUAAUUUAUUCUGUAUUAGGAUAAUGUUAAUAACUUGCUACUGUGUUACGAGUAUGUGAUAUUUUACUUGGAGUGCAACAAGUUUAUGCAAUAGGGAAUUGUUCACUGAUUAUUGUGACAGAAAGGCGAACUGAAAUCCAGAGGCAGUGUGAGAUUUUUGCUUACAGCAGAAUAUAUGUAAGAACUAUGUAUUUUUAGAUGUCCUAAAAAGGGGUAAAGAACUUGUGCUAAUGUUCCUGUGGGUUAGUGUGUUAUCUGGUAAGUGAUCCUGUACGGCAGAAGAACUGAAAUACAUUGACAAUAGUGUUGUAUGGGUAAGAUAACCGCAGUCUGGGCAGGUUGCUCCAAGUUGUGGCUUUCUGCCAACUUGCUGGCAACAUUAUAUUUCAUAUCUGUGCCAGACCCAUAACCUGCUUCUGUUUCAAAGGAUUUACUGGCAGAGAGUGCAGCAUAAACACACCUGAUACAGGGAAACUACAGAAAGAGAUCAGUGAUGCUGGUAUGUGAAAGAGUAGAGGGGAUUUUGAAGGAAGGCAAAAGGGAAGGUUCAUUGUGUAAGAAGCUGUUCCAUAGCUCACCACGUUAGUGUGAGCAGGUGCAAGGAUGAAUGAGCUGUGGCAGAUCAUUUACUAGCAAAUAAAUUUCUUUUGUAAUGACGUGCUGACCAGACAUAUCUGAUAGCUUGGGUCACACAACAGAAGAAAGCCUGCAAUGCUGCAGAGAACACCGGUAUGAGAAACAAGCCUUGCUGCAAGUGAGCAGCAAUCAGGGAGGCAGUUCUUGAGUCUCGUAUUCAGAGCAUGAGAUGUGACAGGAUGGCUAGUAGGAGAUGGCCUUCGUAUGUAAUGACCCGGACAAUACUGGAGAACUUGCUUAUGGUGACCACAUCCCCCAUCAGGGUGGCAGCUGUGGAGUCAUGAAGGCUGAGGGACCUGGGUGACUCCUCUGUCUGCCCCUGAUAACUUUCCUCAGCUACUUUAAGAUCUUAUAAACCUGUUUAUAUCCUGAAACUUAACCUUAGGGCAUUCAAAGGCUGGAUCCAACUUCUGUGGUAAAAUCCAUGCCUAACUACCGGCAACUUGAUAAACUCUUCUCAUGUAACACUAUUCUUAUUCAUUAAGUGCUACCUUAAAAUAAAUUACAUUGUCUUAGGUAGCGUCUUAGUUGUUGAUGCGCAAGCUUCCAAAGACCUUACGUGUUGUGGAGAUGUGGAUCCUGCCUAUGCACAUAGAUAGGGUUAUAUUUAUGUUUUCUUCACUUUUCUUCUGCUAGAGACAACCACCAGUAGAAACAACCAAUUUGUUUAUGAAAUAAUAUACCACUGUGUAUAAUUAAGGGUGACAGAAUAUAGUCUAGACUGCUUAAAACAAUUUGAAGUCCUAAAAAUAAAUUCCUGUGCUGGUUUUAGUGGAAGAAGCAAGCUCAAAGAAUGAUCUGGACAUCUUCACUCCAGGUGACCUUCCUAGGAGUGAAGAGUUUUACUUAUAGGGUCAGUUCUUUGAGUAGCAUCUUUCAAAUUUAAACAGCUCAAACACAUGAAAUAAAAUAACCAUGUUAUUAGAUAAAGGACGUGCAGACAUCUGUGUCUUCAUAUAUGAGAGGAUUUUUGAAAUGCAAUUUUCCCCAAAAAGGUAUUAUGCCACCUGAUUUGCUCCAUGUCCUUCAGUCGCACUGGAGGAUUUCUAAAGCUAAACUGAAAUAACACACUUUCUGCUGAAAUAAUUUGCCAACAUCAAGUGAGUUUCUAUGAUUCGGGAUUUAAAUAGAAACAAACUUACUUUGCUAUGUUUCCACAAUUCCAACACAACACAUAGAUAGGAUCUUCCUCUGAUAUGUACAUAUAUAUAAAAUACAUUUUCUUCCAAUAUGCAAGAAAUGGAGUCACUCAAAACAAAGGGGACAUUGGAUAAAGAAGAGAGAGAAUUUACCCUUACCAAUAGACAUCAUUAGGCAAAUUCAUCUUCUCAAUGACUCAGUGCAAUUUUAUCUUUCAGUAUUCCUUCACUCUGUUCCUUAUGCUUCCUUAAUGUAUUUAAUCAUUUCACCAUUAGUGUAUGACAUUGAGUGGAAGACACACAAUUUUACUGUGUGACAGAAAUUAUCUUUUACUGAAAAAAUUGGAAGGUAUAAUGUGUGUGUAAGCAACAUAUGAGUACUGGGUUAAAAUGUAUUGUUAGCUAAAUGGCUAAGAUCACAUACGAAACAGAAAACAGAUUUUUUUUAAUCUUCCUAAUAUGUUCAUAUACAUAUAUAUUCAUAUAAGCAUGUUUCUGUGUGUGUACAGUGUAGUGUCUUGAGUGUGUACUUCUGUUCUGCAGUUCAGGCAUGGGUUUUUGUGAACCUUGUAGUUAUAUUUUUAAUUCUGACACCCAAGUAUAAAACAUGUUAAUGUUUGGACUGAAAUCUGUUUUACAUGCCUUAUGAAAAGAAUGAGCUAUAUAACUUGUGCAUAGAAAUGGUGUUUGAAAAAGCAGGCUUAAUUUUAUUUGGAAAUGAUGAACACUCUACCUACUCUCAAACUAGACUAAAGGGAGAAUUUUUGUACUCUCAUUUUAUCUGCAAAUUAUUGAAAGCUGAACUUGGAAAUUAAAAUAAAGAACAUUUUUUAAGUGUCUGUUUAUUAUUCUGU